AUGACAGUUUCAUCGAGUGACUGGUCAUUGAACAUGGCAUCGGGCGGAAAGCCGGUGUCUUUACCAUAUUCGUCAGCAUCAGCAUCAGUAUUCUCGCAAGAUGGCCGCUACGAUAUAGUAAUCUUAUCAUACCAAGUAAGAGUUUACUUUGUUUCAACCCGCCAAUGUAUCAGAACAAUAGAUAUAGACUUGAGUGAUGUGACAGAUGUCAAGUUAGAUGUUUUAAAUAGCAGUCACAUUGUUCUUUUCAAAAGUUCAGGUGAAAUUAUUACACUCAACUGGAAAGACAAGAUAAACCAACCAAUAGUUUCCACCAGUAAUAUUGAGACGGAAUGGCCAAUAUUAUCGGUAGCAGCAAUUAGAGGUGAUGCAUACUAUGUUAUAAUUGGAAAAAAGGACAAAAAAGCUAGCGCAUCUCCACAUACUAGGUAUGUUGUCAGAAUCUCCAGAGACCAAUUAAGUGUCAUGAAUCUAGCUGAAAUUAAUAACGUUACGAAGUACGCUAUUUCGCCAGAUAGUCAUAAAUUAGCAUUUUUAACUAGCAACAAUGAUACAAUCGUUGUGGAUUUGUCCAAACAAGACCAGAAUGAUGAGGAAGAGACAGACUAUACAGAGUUAUCCCAAGAAACCAUCCCAUUCAUAUAUAAGUCACCUGUAACUUCGUUAGCAGUUUCAAAUGACUCUGUGGUUGCGGUUGGUACUUCUGCAGGAGCUAUUCAGCUUUUGUAUGGUGGAUUAACAUCAGAUAAGCCUCAGGGUUUAUUGAAAUGGCAUAUAGAUCAAGUCAGAGCCUUACAGUUUACUCCCGACAAUAAUUAUUUAUUGUCUGGUGGUAUGGAGAAGGUGUUAGUUUUCUGGCAAUUAGAAACAGGUAAAACUCAAUUUUUACCUAGAUUAAAUGGCAGUAUAGAAAGAAUUUCCCUUGAUAAUAAUAAAAAUGAUUAUUAUUCCUUGAUGUUAAAGGUUUCAUCUAGUGGAUCCGAUGUGGCUAAUGACGAAGAUACAUAUGAAAUUUUGGUUUUAUCGGCGGUGGAUUUGGUAUCUAGAUUAUCGAUUAACAGUAUCAGGCCUAAAUUAGCCAAUAAUAUCAAACAAACAUUAUUGAAAACAAAGAAGAAAUUUGCUAAGUCUGAAACUACAUUUGACAAAUCAAAGCUUAAGCACGACUAUACAUCUAUUUUUGAAAUUCAUCCAAAAACAAAGAAUUUGUAUUUCCCUAAUGAAGCUGUCAUCCAAGCUUAUGAUUUGAUUAAAAAUGAACAAAGUUUUGUUCAGACUGCUGCUCCAUUAUUGUCAACAGGUAAAGUUAGAUCUGAGAAUAAGUUAUUAGAUCCAACUAUCUCAUUAUUAUCAUUCACCCAAGAUGGUCAAUGGAUGUGCACCUUUGACAGUAUUUCUACAUCAGAAGUUGACAACUUAUUGUCUAAAAACGAUAAACAAUAUGCUUUAAAGUUCUGGAAGUUUAUUGAGUCAUCCCCAUCUAAAAAUGAUACAAACUCAACGAAUAGUGUAAAUAAUAAACAAGGUUAUUGGGAAUUAUCGACAAAGAUUAUUGAUCCUCAUGGCAACUCUAAUCCAAUAUUAUCAUUAACUCCAGCUCCAUUAUCAUACCAUCAUGGUUUGGCAUUUUUAACUGCUGAUAACAAAGGUGGUUUAAGAAUAUGGAGACCUCGUAUUCCAAAAGAGAUUUAUCAAACUGUUAAGCAGGGAAAUAAUAAAUUACAACAGACUGCUUGGACUUUGAGGAAAUCCAAACCAUGUGGUGCUUUAGUAUCUGAUGCUAUUGAUACAUGUUGGUCAGAUGAUGGAUCGGUUAUUAUAUUAGGACAUGAAUGUUCAAUAACUACUUUUAACACGCAGACAUUUGAAGAAAUUCCUAAUGAUUCCUUCAGAGUACCGGCUCUUUCGGGCUCUAGAAUCAGAUCAUUAUCGAUUUUAGAUGAUUAUUUGAUUGUUUUGUCAAAGACCAGAAUUACAUCGUUCAACUUAUUGUCAGGCGAAUCGACAGACUUAGUUGCAAAUGUCAAUACUACAAUUGGCGGGAAGAAUUUAAUUGCAAUUGACCCAGUCAAGAAGUUAAUUUGCUUGGGAGUUAAUUACUAUAGUAAUAAUGCGGAUAACUUUGGAAUUAAAUCAAAAAUUUUAGUUUUCAAACCGGAUGAGUUGACACCAGUACACGUUAGUCACCAUAAUCAAGGUAUUUCAUCUAUUCGUCAAUUUCACUCAUCAUUCAUUUUUGUUGAUUUAGAUUCAAGAAUUGGAAUAAUCUCGUCCACUAACGACACUUUUGAAUCAUCUACUGAGUCGGUUCCAGAAUCUGAUUUAGCUAACGAUAUGAACAACAUGUUGCUCAAUGCUCAAGCAGCAGCAGAUGUUAUGACUAAUCGUAAUGUUUCUUUCGGCAAGGCAAAUGGUAAGCAAUUAUCAGACGAUUUGGAGACCGAUGACAGUGUGCAGAUUAAUAGAGUGAUAGACGUAAACACGUUCCAGCCAAUGUUUGAGAACUUAGAAGGUGCUCAAAUUGACACAUUGUUUGAACGUAUUAUGAAGAUUAUUAAGUAA